AUGUACAAGACGCUCCCCAUCAUGUUCGCGGCCGGCGCCGUCGCCCAGAGCACCAUCACCACCAGCUGGCUCGCCGCCGGCUUCGACAACACGCCCGUCGCCUCGGUCAUCGCCGCCGACGGCGACGUCGUGACCUACUCCAUCGGCUGCAGCUACUCGGACAUCACCGAGGGCGAGUGCGGCAUCCCGGCCGCCUUCACCGUCACCGCCGGCCCGUCCAUCCUCGAGUACCACUACACCGACGACUCGGUCGCCUCCGACUACACGGCCGACUUCACCAUGGCCGUCAGCUGCGCCAUCGACGGCACCACCCAGGCCGUCUGCGUCGAGUCCGCCGGCGGCACCGAGGCCAACUUCCCCGGCGAGACCACCGAGACCCUGACCGGCACCGACGUCGCCUGGGGCCCGCUCAUCAUCACCGCCGGCGUCGAGAAGCUCAGCGCCUCCGCCGGCGCCUCCGCCACCGGCUCCGCUUCCGCCUCGACCGCAACGGGCGCCGCCUCCGAGUCGGGCAGCUCCGCCCAGUCCGGCUCGCGCACCAGCGCCGGCGCCUCGGCCACCGGCUCCGCCUCUUCCACGGGUAAUGCAUCCCCUUUUCUGUCUUCGGGGGCGUACCUGGUGCUUCACCGUCAUACUUGGCGCUUUGCUGACACGUCUGCAGCUGCUUCCACCGCGUCGUCUCACAGCGGCAGCGCCACCGGUUCUGCUGCCCACGCUUCGUCUACCGGCGGUGCUGCGCGCUUCGCUGUGCCCGUUGCCGGCGUUGCCGGCGUCCUUGUCGCUGCCAUGGCCCUCUAG